UUAAAGAAGACGAAGAAGAAGAAGAAGAGUCGCCUUUAGCUUGACAGACGGACGUAGUCGGCUAGCGCUAAUUAAUUUACCAAUGCCUGGCUGGCGUCGCUUCAGGUGUCAAAGAAAAUCUUAUGUGGCGAAGUAGAGGGAAGGUGUCAAUAAACCGAUCCUGACAGACACUGGUCCAAGCUUUCGUCAAGAUGGAGAAGCAGCUUCAUUUAAACCUGUUAGCUUCCAGACCUCCUAUGGCUGGAGGCUUGCAGUCCAGCUCCAAAAUGAAAAUGGGACCUGGACGUAAAAGAGAUUUCUCCCCCCUACCCUGGAGUCACUACUUUGAAACCAUGGAGGACGUUGAGGUGGAAAAUGAAAAUGGCAAAGAUCUUUUCAGAAUUUACUGCAGUGGCGCUCAUGGUCCUGUGCUGCUCCUGCUCCAUGGAGGAGGCCACUCUGCACUCUCCUGGGCAGUGUUCACUGCCGUCAUUUGCAGCAGGAUCAACUGCAGGGUGGUGGCUAUGGACCUUCGUGCUCAUGGCGACAGCAAAGUGAAAAAUCCUGACGAUCUCUCUGCAGACACGAUGGCCAAGGAUAUCGGCAAAGUGGUGGAGAUGCUCUAUGGCGAGAACCCGCCUCCAAUCAUGAUUAUUGGACACAGCAUGGGUGGAGCCAUUGCAGUUCACACAGCUGUUGCUAAUCAUAUACCGUCCCUGCUGGGCCUCUGUGUCAUUGACGUUGUAGAAGGUACAGCGAUGGAUGCUUUGAACAGUAUGCAGAAUUUCCUCAGAAGUCGGCCAAAGACUUUCAAAUCUCUGGAGAACGCCAUCGAGUGGAGUGUGAAGAGCGGACAGAUCCGAAACACAGAAUCAGCACGGGUGUCCAUGGGAGGCCAGGUGAAAAAAUGCGAGGAAUCCACCAGCCGUCCAGGUGUGUCUAAUAGCAUAGGUGAAGGUAUUAUAGAGGAGGAAGAGGAAGAAGAAGUAGAAGAAGAAUCAAACAAGAAAAGGAUGAAAGAGGAUGACCAAGAGGUAAAAAAGGAAAGCAUUUUCACCUGGAGAGUGGAGCUUUCAAAGACGGAAAAAUACUGGGAAGGCUGGUUCAGAGGCCUGUCUGCGCUCUUUCUCACCUGCCCUGCACCAAAACUGCUUCUGCUUGCAGGAGUGGACAGGCUUGACAAAGACCUUACUAUUGGACAAAUGCAAGGGAAGUUUCAAAUGCAAGUCCUCCCUCAGUGUGGUCACGCUGUCCAUGAAGACGCACCUGAAAAAGUAGCAGAUGCUCUAGCAACAUUUAUGGUUCGGCACAAAUUUACUGAGUUUAAAGAAGGAUACCUGUGCUAAUGUCCAAUUCUAAGAAUAUAUGUAACCAGCAGCCAUAGAAGAGAUGAAGAAAUGUUUCAAGAGUCAUCCUCAUCCUCAUCCACUUCAGCAUCAAGUUUAGAGAAAAAUAUUAUUAUUAUUAUUACUAUUAUUAUAAUUAUUAAGUUGCUUUUGUGUUGUAGAUACUAUGCCUUACAGCUUUGCCUUAUUUUUUUAUUUUGAAUUAAUGGUUUUUGAUUGUAAAAUUGCUUUACAAUACAUUUCUUAAGUUUCUAAAAAUAUUUUGCUCCCCUUGUUUGAUUUUCUUUACUUUUGAUUGAUAGCAUCAUAGAUAAUGUGUUUGUAAUGUUUGAAUUCAAACAAAAAUUAAAGAUGGAUGCUGUAAAAAUGCCCUCCGUGCUUGUACAUUUAUGUGUAUUAAAAAUACAUCAUGACCAUUUUAAA